AUGGUUACAAAGUUCUUUUCGUCAUGGAGCACAGAAAGACUUCCGACUGAUCAGAGAAUUCAACUUCCUGAUAGCUUUUUGCAACUUGAAGAAGAAAUAGCAAUUCGAGAAGAAGGAAUAACGAAGCUAUAUCAAGCAGGAAAUAUCUGGAUUGAUUCAUUAGGAAAAAAAGUUGAUGGAGAAGAGAAAGAGAAAUGUUUCCCUAUUGAAAAAAUGGGACAGGUUAUGGUAAGCCACGGAAAAGCUCUUCCUAAUGACUCCCCUUAUGGUACCGCGCUGGUUAGUUAUGGUCAAGUACAGUUGAAAAUCGGAGAACUGUUAGGCUUUUUUACUAACAGAGCCAAUGUCUGCUACCUUGAUUUCUUAAAGCGCUACCUGGUCCAAAUGAAGGAUUAUCACACAGCCAGGAAAAAGCUUGAAAGUCGUCGUCAAACCUAUGAGUCGCUUCUAGUAAAAUCCUAUAAGGCUAAAAAGGAGGAUUCCCGUUUAGAAGAAGACAUUCGUCUAGCAUCUUACAAAUUCGAAGAGUCAACAGAAAAUGUUAGAAGCCGUAUGGUUUCCUUGAAGGAAGCGGAGAUUGAUCAGCAGCAUCAAAUGACCCAACUAUUGACACACCAACUUGACUUUUUCAAGGAAGCUACCAAGACGCUAACCAAUGUCUUUGACUUGUGGAAUUCUCCAGCCUCGCAAGGCAUACAGGACAGUCAAGCGGAAAAAAAGAGUGCCGAGGAAAGCGAAGUUUACUUACAUAAAGUUUCUUCAAAUCCAGUUACACCUCAGAAGCCUCUGAGUUCACAGCCUUCGUCCAUCAUUUUUCAAUUAAGCAACAGCCAAAAUAACAGUUCAAGAGAGGUUGUACAACAACAAACGGUUGUUCAAGCACUUUACACAUUUACUGGAAGAAACAACAAGGAACUCGAUUUGAACGCAGGCGACCUAGUUUCUGUGAGCCAUAAACUAAGCGCUGAUUGGUAUGUUGGGGAAAAAAUGAACAGUGAAAUGGAAAUGCUAGGAAAAUCAGGAAUGUUUCCAGCAAAUUACUGUCGCCGUAUUCGUAUCUCGGACAGAAAACUCCAAUGCAAGACACCUACCAACUCUAUAGAGAGGGCAAAGAGCCUUCGACGUAUCGUCAGUGACGAACCCAAGGAAUUAAACUCUCCUAUAAGGCAAAGCCAUGGUAAUAUUGGUAAACUGCUCGAAAGUGACAACGGGACCUUCGAACCUGCUAGUAACUCAUCUUCUUCUUGUAUUAAGGUUAAAAAACCCUUGCCUAACAUCCCUAACAAAGUUUAUAGCAGAAGGAAUCAUUAUUGA